ACAUGUCGGGAACUUGCUUGAAAGAUGCUUUGAGCCCUCAGAAGGCAAAGGGGGCCCUUGAAGAUAUCUUGAAUGCAUUUGAUCAGCCGGAAAAUUACGCUCGCCUCCAAGAGGCAAAGCUCGCCGCGGGAAAUGACAUGCUGAAACACAUGCAGAUUGUGUUUCCUUUGGUGACACAAAUUGAGAUGGAAGUUAUCGAAAACUACGGUUUUGCUCCUGACGGUGAAGGUGUACUGCAGUUUUCCCAAGCCAUCAGGCACCUUGAGAGAGAGCAUCCAGACAUCGCAAGGCUGAAUGCAGUACUACGGUCACAAUUCAUUCCUCCCAUGGUGCCACCUCCUUUACCAGACAACUGAAUAAGCUAUCAAAAUGCUGUAACACUUGACAUUACAUCCUGAGGGAAACAGCCACUCAGUGACAUUUUGGCAUAAUCCCACAGGACAUCUGCAUAGGCUGAAAUGUGGUAUUAAGCUCACAUGUCCUGCAGGCCUCACAGCUGCAUGCAAUAUCUUGGCAGCAAUAGGUCAGUUUAGAUCAUCCAUUGACAUGUCAUAGACAGAUUGAACAUUAUGAGAACAGCCUCUAAGUUCAUUGGAUUUUACUUUCUUUACCCUUACUAUUGAUGUCAUUCAAAAAUGGCAUAUGUGGCUAGCAUCAGCAGGUCAAUGCAAUAGGCAAACGAUGCAGUGCACAGUAGAGCCUUACAGAAUACUCUCAAGUGGUGUGUUGCGAGUUAAAUGUGCCAACCUUAAAGCAAUCCAAACUAUACAAGGCUUAACAAAGUUAGUUAGACUUAAAUGGCAAACUAAUUUGGUUAACCACGACACUGUGGGUUACAAACAAGAUUUUUCAGGGUACUGUAUAAGCAGUAAUUUUCGCGAGGACCUAUUUUUCGCGAAUUUGAAGUCCCGCAAAAUAUUUGAACCAAUGACAGAAAAAUAUGUGAAGUAAAUAUAUAAGAAAUUUGACCCAGGACGUGGACGCAACUUAUGUACACGGGGUUUCGUAUGCUAUUACACUGCAUUUUUUCGCAAAGUGCUCUGUUCACCGUUGCAAAUGGAGACAAUAGUCCCGCCUUCACGUACGAAUCCCGCAGAGAUGUAGGCGUCCCGUGAUUCCAAUUGCUUGUAAGCCUGGAUCAUCCAGCAAGCGUGUAUACACUCUGCCACGCGCAGAGUAAUUGUAUUUGUAAAAGUUGUCGCAUCACUAUCGAGCGCCAAUCGCACCUGCUCGAUGCGAUGACAAGAAUGACGGGAGACAGGGCAGUUCGGGCAGUGGCAUAGAUACGAGCCGAGUAGGACCCUUAAUCGCGGCCCUUUCAGUCAGAAGUGCUCAAAAGAAAGACAAACUGAGCGAGUUGCCCAGUUGUGAUACCUUUUAUUAGCUUCUUCCAGGAAGUUCAAGGUGGAGGGCCCCGGUCGACGCACCGCGGUACCGCGAAUUUAAGGUUCUGCGAAUAAUUGUCUGAUCCUGGCUUCUCACAAAUUCGCGAAUUAUUGAGCCCGCGAAUUUAACCACUUAUACAGUAUUCUUCCUUUCAGUCAGUUUGAGGGGUUUAGCAGAGUCCACUAGCCAGCGUGUUGUUCUCUUGGAGACAUUGUGUUUCGCGGAUAUCUUCAAAUAAAAACUUCAGACCCCAUGCAGUCGAACAUCACUGAGGCCCUCUGCUUGUCAAUGAACAACAUUCUGUUUUGUUAUUGCACAAUGCCCGUACAGAAUGCGUCCAUUCACCUGUCAACGCACCACUCGUUUGCAUCGUGUUUCGCAACAAUGCACGAUUGAUGCUGAUGUGAAGGACGUGCUUGAUGUCACGUACGCAGCCUUCAGAAGGACAGAAAUGUGAAGUGUUUUGCAGCUUCAACAGUAUGAUGUUUGUAACCUUUCAGCAGGACUGAAUAUUUAUUUUCUAGUAAUUGAAGGUUGCCCAGAAUGGCUGUUUCUAGAUCAAAUAACGAUGUUGCUUAAAUGUGAGAGCAGCGAUUGUUAGUCAUGCAAUAAUAUCAAACGCAAUGUGUCAUAGCAAGCACUCAAUUCAGCUUGAAUAAAAAUGUUUGAAAUUUC